AUGAGUCUCCGCGCGCUGUUGAGCCGCGUGUUUACGCUCCUUUUCCCCGUCACCCUCACGGUCUCACUCUAUCUUUACUUAUAUCCCUUAAUCAAUGGCUGUGGCUUUCCACUUCCCCACGGCACUGAUCUCAGCAAUUCCAGCGACUCGACAAUCUUGAAUACCUUGCAGCGGAAAGUCGCUGUCAACACCUUUCUCCAACAUGUCCGCGCAUCGAACGCAGUCGUGGAUCAUCAACCUGCCAUUUUCCGACUUCUGGUUCUCGCCGAUCCACAGCUAGAAGGCGACUCUUCAUUACCACUCCCCGAAUGGAAGCUAUUGCCGCGCCUGCGCACCCACUGGCGUGCAACCAGGGAUGCAAUCUCCGAAGCCUCGUCGACGAGGCCGAUCCACCAGAUCCCCACCGAUGCGAAUGUUCUGAAUAAUAUCACGACGAGCAUCAAGACGUUCCUGACGGAAGAUGUACUAAGGUCCUUCCGCGCAACUAUGAAACAGGUUGACCUCGUCGGCAACGACUACUAUCUCGCGCAUAUAUACCGCACGCUCUUCUGGUGGACUCGACCCACCCAUACCACGGUGCUGGGCGAUCUUCUUGGGAGUCAGUGGAUCGAUGAUGAUGAGUUCACACGGCGCAGUAAACGGUACUGGGAGCGUGUAUUUCGCGGGGCCCAACGGGUGGAAGAUCGCAUCACUCUGGCUGGUACGAAGGACGGUGACCGACGUCAGGAUGCUCAUCCGGAUCUUGAGCCCCUAGGCCCAGGAGCCGACCCAGCCUGGCCACGACGUAUCAUCAACGUGGCUGGGAAUCACGAUAUCGGGUACGCGGGCGAUGCAAGCGAGGCGCGGAUUGAGCGCUUUGAGCGCGAAUUCGGCCGCGCCGACUGGGACAUUCGGUUCCAGCACCCGUCUGUGAAUGGACCGGACGGGUCGGUUGUGACGCCGACAUUGCAUUUGAUCAACUUGAACACGCUACUCUUCGACACGCCUGCUUUGUCGCAGGACCUGCAGUCUCGUAGCUAUUCAUACCUGAACGAUCUUAUCAGUCAUCGCUCGUACCCGGUAGAGGACCGGUCGACCUUCACCUUGCUUCUGACUCACUUGCCAAUGCACAAGCAGGAGGGAAUCUGCACGGACGGGCCACUGUUCACCUUCCACGACGAGGACGACAGUAAAGGACCGGAGGACGUACCACGCUGGAAGGCGGGCGGCCUCAGGGAACAGAACCAUCUCAGCGAUCAUAUCAGCGCCAUUGGAAUCUUACAGGGGAUCUUCGGAUUAAGCGGUGAUCAAGCCGCAGCUUAUGGUGGCUAUGGCCGGAACGGACUCAUCCUUACAGGCCAUGACCACACCGGCUGCGAUGUCAUCCACUACGUCAACCGAACCACCGCCGCAGCAGCCAACAGUGCGGCAGACGCGCCGUCCGACGCAUCAUCCCCUCCCAACUGGCAGUGGUCUGCCAAGCGAUACAACAGGUACAGGCCCGAAAAGCCGACCAGCCCCUCGAUUCGCGAAGUAACGAUGCGUGCUAUGAUGGGGGAAUUCGGGGGAAAUGCCGGACUUUUGUCGGCCUGGUUUGACACCAACGCCGGCGAGUGGAAGUAUGAAAUUUCCAUGUGCCCAGCGGGAGUCCAGCAUUUCUGGUGGGCGGUGCAUGUACUGAUCUUGGUGACUUUGAUCGUUGGGCUCCUUGUGAUCAUCACGCAGGUGCAGGGGAACGGUGGAUUGGCUGUCAUGACUCCGAUAAAAUCAGAGGUGCCGCAAUAUCAUAGCGAGAAACACGACGAGAAAACCUCGCGGGGGCGGACGAUGAACAGAUUCAUUGGGUAG